ACGAAGAGAGAAGGAAAACUGGCGCUGCUGCCCCCGGUGGAGGGAAGGAACGAUUAUUUGAGGUGUGCGCCGGAAACUGCGAGGCGGUCAUCGAGGGAAGCGCGAAUUUUCGGAUUCAAGUCAGAGAGGGGAUGACGGCGCGAGGGAGGGGCAAAAAGCAGCCGUCCACCAAUCAGCUCCCUCCUCGGUCAAUCGUCGAUUGCAAAUCGGCCCAAAACUACCGCCGCUCGGGUCUUCAUGGCUCCGGAGCUCGGUCGUGUGCAGAGCUCAGCAGCCCGCAGUCAGCAAGACAGGCUCUGAGGAUCACUGGAUCGAGAAAACUGCGUGCCGGCAUAUACCAACCAGCGCGCAAACAUGUCGGGCAAAAAAGGAAAGAAGACUAAAGGAAAGCCAAUUUCUCUUCAGGAAUUUUUGGGAGACACUCCUGUUGCUCUUCCAACAUUACCCAAAAUCAAAAGUUGGGCUGAUUCUACAGAAGAUGAUGAUGAUUAUGGAGGGUAUAGUUCCAGACCCAGAGAACCUAUCAUUUUGCCUACAGCACCUAGAUCAGCUCGUGACAUGAGCGUCAAUGAAGAAAAUAUCCCUUCAUCACCACCAUUUGUUGCCUAUAUUUCAAAUCUUCCUUAUGAUGUUGAGGAAGAAGAUCUGAUUGAGUUCUUUCAAGAUAUGAAGGUCUCGAGUAUGCGUCUGCCAAAAGAAGGGAACAAAUUCAGGGGAUAUGGUUACGUUCAAUUUGAAGAUAGACAGAGCUUGAUUGAUGCUUUGUCAAUGAUUGACACCAAUUUGAAAAGUCGCCGUAUGCGAAUUGAAGUCAGUAAUAACACAAGCGAUGAUCGCCGCGGUCGCAUGGGCCGUAUGGGCGACAACCGACGUGAUUACGGCGACGAUCCAGAACGCACAACCGGAGACUGGCGUAGCGCUCGCAUCGCUGCUAACGAUAACGGCGGCGAUGAUCGCGAGGAUCGAUACCGCAGUCGCUUCAGUAACCGCGACGACAACAGAGACAGCGGAUUUGAGGAUAAUAAGCCCGGAAACUGGCGCGAUGCGCCACGGUCCGAGCUUGCAGAAAGGCCAAGACCGUCUUACAGAGAUAGCAGGGGCCCUGGUGGUCCCGGAGAUGAUCGCGGCGAGUCACGCGAUUGGAAUAGAUUUGCCGAUCGUACUCGUGGACCUCCCCGCGACGGGAGCCGCGAAAGAGACGGAGAAAGAGCUGGUAGCAGCUUUGGUAACAGAGACAGAGACGGAGAAAGAGGUGGUAGCAGUUUUGGACCCAGACGUACCUACGGUGAAGAUACCGAUAGAGAUAGAGAACGUUGGGGCAGCUUGAGAAACCAGCCUAGGGAACCCAUCUCUGAUGGACCCCCAGCAUCAGAUGCUCCGCGUACCAGGCCGAAAUUGGCCCUGCAGCCGCGUACCAAACCCGUCGAGGCAGCCCCCGUCAUCGAGGACAAUGCCGAGGGUGCCGCCGAUGAGGACGAGAAGAAGAAACACCCACCGGCACCAGCUCCAGCUCCAGCGGCCAACAUUUUCGGCGCUGCUAAGCCAGUAGACACUGCCGCCAGAGAGCGCGAAAUUGAAGAGCGUCUCGCUAAGACUGCUGAGGCACGCAAAGAGGAAACUGAUCCAGAGAAACGUGGUGCUCCUAGGGAAGGAGCUUGGGGUCGACGUAAUGGUGAGGGACGUGAAGAUUCAGAUAGAAGUCGACCAACCUGGAGAUCUGGACCGCGUUCUGAUGACAAAGAUAAUAGAGAUAGACGCGAUUACCGUGACUCAAGAGAGCCACGGGGUGAUUCACGAGGAUCAUCUGGAAAUCGUGGUGGUCCAACACCUUCGUCUCAAAAACCGAGAUACGCUGAUUCCAGACCUCCGCCAGACGGAGCAGAAAAGAAAAAGGAUCGAGAAGAAGAUGAAGUAACAAGAACAAUGCCAAAGGCCAAGGAUGAUCAAGCUCCUAAUUUCGUUGCUUCCAACGUCUACUCCAUGUUGCCAGAUGAUAUUGAUCCCGACAACAUUGAAGAGUAAACGUAUUCGUUAAAACUUUGUCCACAUUUCACGUCUGAAUUCGUUAAAAUUUGUCGUGACUGUUGGGAAUGAAUAAAACAAUAUCAAUUUUUCAAACGCUCGAAAAUACUUAUCCCAUGCAAUUCCACCGAAAUUCAGAAAUAUUCAUUCUUGAAUUUCUUGGAAUUUCUGUUGAUGAUUUGUAUUUAAACUAUUUUAUUAUUCUUAAUGCGACUAUAAUUAUUAAUAUUAUUAUUAUAUCUGUCUUGUCAAAUACACAAAAAGGAAUUAUACAUACUUUGUAAUACUGUAUUUUGGACUGAUCACUACUACACCACAUUCAAGUAUUGCGGAUGAAGGAAAAAAAUUAAAUUUAUUACAAAAUUCAAAUUAAUUUUCAAAUAAGCGUAUAUUAUUGUUUAUUAUUCUUAUUUUAACUAUUAGGGUGUUAAAAUCUGUGGGGGACUUGAUACUUUGAUAUACAUUGUCCAAUGUACAGUUGCUUUUAAAAUAUUGUACAAUAUGUGACACAUAAUAGACAUGUAAAUUAAUGAUAAUACCAUUAUAUAUAACAAAAAAACCUUUUGAAGUUAUAAAUAUACAGGAGCUUCAAAUGUAAAA